AUAUGGAUCUUUUUUUCUUUUUUUUACUUCUAUUGAUCUGUUCUUUUACCUCUCUGUCCUUUGUAUCUGCUGCACAUAAUUGAUUACUUUGCUGAUGCUCAUACAAUAAGGAUUUCUUUUGGACCCCCAAAUGCUCCAUGUUGAAUAUUUGGCACAUGAUUUACUGUACAAUUAUGCCUUUUCUUGAUCUGUGUGGAAACGGAUAUAUAGGUUGGCAUGUUUGACAUAAUGGAGACAUAGGUACGUGUUGAUAUGCAUCAGCUGAUAUUCAUAUUUUUUCUUUAUUUGUACAAUUUUAUGUUCAACAAUGUUUUAGAAUCCUAUUUGCAGAUUAUAUGUUUGAAUCUUUUAUGAUUGUUGAAAGUCUCGCCUGCGUGACUUUCAUAUGUUGAAAGGCUAGUGUUACAGACCCAAGGGAAAACGGUUGCAAUUGCAAUCCAUGAUGUACCGUAAUCCAUUAUUUCAAAGCUCUAGUUUGGCAGUUUACCUGCCAAAAGAACGUGGACACAUUGGACAGCAUGUCAGUAACAUGAUGUAUAAUUUUGUCGUAUUUUAAUUAAUUUUCUGCAAUGCCAACAUUUCAUAUACCAUUUAAGGUUCAAUGCAUAAACUUUUCUCUUCUCAAAUGGUUCAACUUUUAAGGGAAAACUUGGGCAUCUUGACUUGGAAAGAGCCCUUAUUUUCAUGUCAUGACAUCUCAGAGGUCAAGAAGGGAUAGAUGGUGAUUCUUCUCAUUACAAUGCGAGGGUGGAUGCUGGUGCUGGAGACUUUUAAGUAUUCAUACUAGUUUUGAAAAUACCUUAAAUUUGACAUAUCUGAUAGCACAAUGCAGCAUUGGUGGCACAUCUUAUUUUUGCAUCUUGCAAAGCAGGCCUCCAAGUUGCAUAUAGUAGCCUGCAUAGCAGGUAUCUUUACUAGAUUUUAUGGAGAUGAGGUUUAGGCAUAUUUUAACUAAUCUCCUCGUAUAUACCAGUGGAUUGGGUCAAUAUGUAGGUUGCCUUUAGUAGCAUGUAAUUGAAUAAGCCAAUAGCUACAUUGAUCAGAGUACUCGAGGAAGUUGACAAUUUUUUGGUCUUCAUUUGCUAUAUUUGUCAAUCUGAACCCAAAUGGUGUGACCUGGAAUUUGAUGUUUUCAAAUUGUUGUUGCAGUAUCCUGGGAUAUUUAAAGUUGUAGCCUUCAUAUUCUUGAAUGAUUAUGACCGAUCCAGUCCUACUAAUUUAUUCCAUAUUCCUGAACUGGGAAUUGCUGAUGCCUGAACUUGCGCUUCUCUUUCUGAAUGCUCUCUACUCCACUUUUCACGAGUAGAGUAAGAGCUAGUCAAUGUGGAACAUAUUAUUCUAACUGAUGGUAUACUGUCGGCAUGGAUUAAGUUUUCUACUAAACAAGCUAUUCCACAUUGAAUUGCAAGACUAGUCAUAGAGUGUCUUAAAAGAUCAUCCAUCAUCAUAGUUGAUACUAUGCAAGUAUUUUCAUAAUGUUACUUAAUAUAAUGUGACAGUAACCUUUGAUUCCAUUACAUCAUUCCCUUGGUGCAUAUAACAUGUGUUUGCAGAUGAUGAUACUUAUUUGAUAUUCUUUACCGUUUCCAAUGAACUAACCUCUUUGCUCAAGUCAUCAAAUUGCUAGAAGUAAAAAAAUACACAUUAUAGAAAGCAUGCUGCUCACGCCAUGGCCCACCCAACCCCGUUUAAAUGAAAUAAGGAAAUAGUUGUCUGCAUAAAGUUCAUUCUAUGAAUGCUUGGCUAAGGAUAAGCUUUUUGGUGAGAUAUGUAAUUACAAAUCUGUUUUCAUAUGCACUUUUAUCAUUGUACUGUACACAUCAACAAACUUAGAAUUUUUAUACGAGUUAUUGUUACUCUCAAUUAUAAUCUUGUUCCUUCCUUUCAAAGUAGGUGGUUUGUCACUUUUCAAUGUAUUAGCGCAAUAAAACAAAUUUGAAAUGGAAGUUUUUCAUUGAAUAUGAUCUGAAUUACAUGUAAGAGAAAAUCAAAAAGUGGUAUGCAUGCUUAUUGUUUAUUGUAAAUCCAACUAUUGGCUUUGGGUCUCUCUGAAUGCCUGUUCAGCUUUUACUUUUAUCCACACAAUCUAUGUUUCUGUAUUCACAGGCCAAUUGUUUCUCAGGUAUGCUUUCGUUAAAAGAUCUUGCAGACACGAUAGCAGCAAAGUUGCAGGAACAUUUGUUUGUAGGGGCAGAAUUGCAUGGAAAGAGAAAGAAAGGUGAUCUCUGCCCUUGCAAGAUAUUAAAGGUUUUGGAGGACAGUACUGUUAAAACAAAAUAUGAGGUAGCAUGGCUUGAUAGGAAUAAAAAAGUUACAGAAACUGCAGUAGUGAACCGAGAUGAUCUGAUAUGGAAGAAAUCCCCUUUCAGUAGGAACAGUUUGAAGCCUUUUAUUCGGAAAUCUACACGCCAAAGUUUUCCUUGGGUGCUUCAUGAUAAACUGGCAGAAAAAUAUCGAAUAUCAAUGGAUCCACCGCAAGAUCUAAAAGGCAUAGUUUUCAUUCAGGAUGGAGCAGUUUAUAAUAAAAGAAAGAAAGAUGCAAUGGAGGUAAAAGACUCUGGAAAACUUAAGAAGAAAAAAGUAGAAGCCGAGGAAGCUGAGGCCACCAAGAAAGAAGAUAAUCAUCAAAAGGAAGAGCCUAUCAAGUAUCCAAUUGAUGAUCUUUUGGUGCAGCCUGAAACAGAUGAUCCAGUCUUUACAGUCCGCCCUUUGCCUUCUAGAGACUUUAAUGUUCCGAUGGAUGGUGUUGGGGAUCUUCUAAUGGUUUGGGAUUUUUUAUCCUCCUUUAGUAAGCUGUUGCACUUGUGGCCGUUCUCUCUUGAAGAUUUUGAAAAUGCCAUUUGCCGUAAGGGUAGCAAUGUGAAUCUCAUUGUCGAAACACAUUCUUCUCUUAUUCGGUUACUAAAAAGUGAGAAAGAUGAAUGUUUUUCAGCUGUUCAGAAAAGAACCCGAGCAUUGAAGAUAACAUUAACUAAUUGGACAGACUAUCUGUGUGAUUUCUUAGAGAUCAUCAACAUCGGUGAUUUAUCCACUCACAUAACAACAAUUAAGCGGGGGCACUAUGGCCUUCUCGAUGCUCAAGUCAAAUUAGGAAUCUUAAGAGAAUUGGUUAAUCAAGUCCUUGAAACAGAUAUCGCAAGGGAGAAGUUGGCUGGGUAUGUUGAAGAGCGGCAGGUACUCUUAUCAAUGAAGAGGGGGGAAGCACUGGAGGAGGGCAGGAAAAAAAGAGAAGAAAAAGAAUGGUUGAAGGCCAAGUCUGUUGAUAAUGGAGCAACGAAUGGGCAUGGUGUGGAUAGCACAGGAAACAAUCAACCUGUGUUGUCAAAUGGGAAUCACAUUGGUCAGAACGGGCAGAUUGCAAAAAACAAGGGAGAAGCCUUUUCAACCAGACCAAACCAUGCAUCAAACAGUAGGCAUUUGGAGAUUGAAUCAAAGAAAACAGGCAAGAAGAAGAAUAUGGGUGUGGAAAGCCAAGCAGAAAAGGGGAUAGAUUUAACCAAAAAAGAAGCAUCACUACUGCUGAGGGAUGAAAAAAUUGCUGCAUCAACAUGGAGCAUCAAAGAGCGAAGGAGAGCAUAUUUUGAACGUGAGCUAGAGAAACGAAUCCUGCACACCAACCCUCUGGGUAAAGACCGAGAUUAUAACAGGUAUUGGUGGUUCAAGCGUGAUGGGAGGGUUUUUGUUGAGAGUUCUGACUCCAAGCUUUGGGGCUGUUAUUGUUGCAAGGAAGAGAUUGAUGCAUUGAUGGGCUCACUAAACCCCAAGGGUGAGAGAGAGAGGGCUCUUCAAAAGCAGGUGGAGAAAUUCUACAGUAGAAUUUGCUUGGAACUCCAGAAGAGGUCAAAAGAUUUGGCUACCAAAAUUGCAUUGGAGGAAGCUGUGCAUAGGAGAUCUACACGUGUCCGUGCUCUACCAAGAGAGAAUCCUGCUAAUGCUUUUCUCAAUUAUGUUAACAGGUGGAAAGAAGACUGACACAGUUUUACGAUUAUAUUCAAAGGCUCAAUCUCUGGUCGAGUUUAGCUUAGGUCCUAUACAAAUAUUUUAAGGUCGGAAUGUGGGAUAUGUGAGAGUAAGAGAUUUUUACUAUGUUAUCGGCAAUUCAUUAUUUUGUUGGUCGGAAUCUUGGGGCGAUGAGUGAGGUAGGAGUAAUGACAGGGACAGGGGCAGUGGCCAUAAAGAGAACAUGGACGGGAGAGUAUUUUUUUGUCCAUUCCCUCUUAACAUUUGACAAUCUUGUAUCGACACUAGCCUCAAUUUUUGUAAAUGGCAUGGUUUACCUUGUUAAGACA